AUGGCCCCUAUCACUGAGAUUACUAAACUUAAGCAAUUUGAGUGGAGUCAUCAAGCACAAAAGGCAUUUGAAGAGGUUAAGCUUCGACUCACCACAGCCCCUAUCUUGGCCUUGCCUAGCUUCGAAGACAUUUUUGAAGUAGAAUGUGAUGCUUCUGGAGUUGGUAUUGGUGCGGUCCUUUCUCAAAGUGGACGCCCCAUAGCCUACUUUAGUGAGAAAUUAAAUGAAGCAAAGAGGAAGUAUUCUACCUAUGACAAAGAGUUCUAUGCUCUUGUGAGGUCUCUUGACCAUUGGCGACAUUAUUUGAUUGCAAAAGAGUAUCAAUUUGAUAUGACAGAGGCUCUCAAAUACCUACAAAGCCAACAAAAACUUCAGCCACGCCAUGCCAAGUGGGUAGAAUUCUUGCAAGCCUAUCAUUUUGUCAUCAAGCAUAAAUCCGGAAAGAUGAACAAGGGUGCUGAUGCUUUGUCCGAAGGUUUUCUAUUCAAAAACAAGAGACUAUGCGUGCCUAAACAUAGUGUAAGAGAAUCUCUAAUCCGAGAAUUUCAUGAAGGUGGCCUAGCUGGACACUUUGGUAUUGAGAAGACCUAUACCUUGGUGAGUGAUUACUUCUUUUGGCCUAGAAUGGUGAAGGAUGUCGAGUACAUUGUUAAAAGGUGUGUAGCUUGUCAACACGCCAAAGGUCACUCUCUUCCUCAAGGUCAACAUCUACCCCUUCCUACCCCACAAGCCCCAUGGGAAGACAUUAGCCUUGAUUUUAUCACGGGACUUCCUAGAACAAAACACAACAAAGAUGCUGUGAUGGUAGUAGUUGAUAGAUUUUCAAAGAUGGCUCAUUUUAUCCCUAGCCAUACUACUCAUGAUGCGGUUCAAACAGCUCUUUUGUACUUCAAAGAAUGGUUCGUUUGCAUGGAGUGCCAAGGAGCAUGGUUAGUGAUCGUGAUACUAAGUUCCUAA